AUGAAAUAUUAUUUUAAAAAAACGUUAAGAUAUUUUUGUUACAAAAUUAGUAUAACUGGUGCAGUGAAUAGUGGAAAAUCAUCAUUUCACAAUAAUUUAUUAGAUCAAUUAAAAGUAAAUUAUAAAAAAUCAAUUGUGAAUCAUGUUGAAAAUUACUGUUUAGAAGAUAAUAAAAAUGUUUUUGAAAUUAAUAAAAGAAAAUGUUUAAUCACAGAUACAAUUGGAAUAAAUGAACAAAUGAUAAAAAAAUUUGAAAAGUGGAAAUUGAAAGAAUAUAAUUUUAAAUUUGAAAAUAAUAACAUUAUAAAAAAUUACUUUAACAUAAUUACUAAUAGUAAUUUAGUUCUUAUAUGUAUUAAACAUUCUGAAAUAAGACACUGUGAUAUAUUAUCAUACAGGAUUAUAAAUGACAUUUAUAAAAAUCAUAAUAAUAUUUUUACAAUUAUUUUUAAUAAUAGCAUUAAUAAAUGUGAUAAAAUAGAAUAUAAUUAUCAUGAUAUUUAUGAAAAUUUUAAGAAUAUUAUUUUUUACCCAUAUAUUUUAGAUUCUUAUGAUAAAAAUGAUGAUUUAAUAGAAAUCAUAAAAAAAAGCAUAAAACAAAAUGUUCAAAUAAAUGAGAAAAAAAUAAAUUCAGAAAUUAGUAAUAUUAAUCUGAAUAACAAUGAAAUAAAAUUAGAAAAUAAUGAAAUAAAAUUAGAAAAUAAUGAAAUAAAAUUAGAAAAUAAUGAAAUAAAAUUAGAAAAUAAUGAAAUGAAAAUAGAAAAUAAUGAAAUAAAAUUAGAAAAUAAUGAAAUAAAAUUAGAAAAUAAUGAAAUGAAAUUAGAAAAUAAUGAAAUAAAAUUAGAAAACAGUGAAAUUUAUGAUUUAAUAGAUGAAAGUAUAAGAAUUUUUCAUCCUUCUCUUAGUGAAGAAACUAGAAAUUAUUUUUAUAAAUUCGUUGAUUUAAAAAAAAAAGAUAAAUCAAACAUAAAACUAUUCAAUGAAUAUUUUAGUAAAAAUAUUUUGAACAAAACUUUAAAAAAAAUAAGUGAAGAAAACAUAUAUGAAAAAAAUAAAGAAAUUAUUAGUAAUGAUGAAGAAAAAAAUUUAAAUAAAUUAAAAAUGGUUAAUAAAAAUAAUGAAAAUACUAAUGAUAUAGAAGAAAUAAAUAGUGAUGAUAGUAUGCAUAAUAAUGAAGAAAAUACCAUGUCUAAUGAGUUGAACGAAUAUUUUUUUAAUAAAAUACAAAAUAAUAACUUUGAAGAGAAAAAAAAAGUUAUUGAUAAAUUAAAAAACAAAAAAAUUCAAAUUUUGAAAAAUAUUAUUAACAGAAAUGAAAAUACGAAUCCAUAUGAAUUAAUAAAAUUAAAUGAAAUUCAUAAAAACAUAAAUGAAAAAAUAGAUAGUCAACAUAAAUCAGAAAGCAAAAAUGAUUUUUACAGUUCUUGUGAUACUUUUGAGUUAAAUGAAAACGAAAAUAAUAAUAACUUAAAAGAAAUUAAUAAUAUUAUAGAAUCAAAUGAUGAUUAUUCAAAUAAAACAAAAAGUAGAAAAAAAUACGUUAUUGAUUAUGGGUUAAAUGAUGAAAUAACGAUAUGUGUAUUAGGAGAGAAAAAUUGUGGAAAAACUACUUUAAUUCAAUCAAUUUUAAAAAAUAAUAUCAUAAAUGAAAAAGAUGUUUUCGAAUUAUUUGGAAAAAGAAAGUAUAUUAAUAAUGACUUAAGUGUUUAUUAUAAAAAUAAAAAAAUAGAAAUAUUAGAUACAUGCAGUUUAAAAAAACAACAUAAAUUUAGAAAUGAAGAUAAUUUUUCCGAUGAGAAAAAUAGAGUAUUUAGUAAUAUUAGAAAAAGUGAUAUAUGCAUAUAUAUAAAAGAGGUUAAAAAUAAUUCAAUUAGUUUAAAUAAAGAUGAUAAAAAAAUGAUGUUUUACUUAUUAAAAGAAAAAAAAAAUAUUAUAUUUGUUGUUAAUAAAAUAGAUUUAAUUAUUUCAAACUUUGAAAAUAAAAGAAGUGAAUUUUUAAAAACAUUUUCAAAUUCAUUUAACGAUAUUCCUAUUAUUUUCUUAAAUAGUAAUAAUAUUAAUCAUAUAAAUGCAUUAUUAAAUAAAAUAAUUUUCAUAAAUAAAAUGAACAAUAUAACAAUUUCUACAUCUAUAUUGAAUUUAUUUCUGAUUGAAUUUCUAAAAUUGUUCCCAAUACCUUGGUUGAAAAAAACAAAAUGUCACUUUAAAUUUAUAAAACAAAUUAAAACUAAUCCUCUUACUUUUCUUAUAUUUACAAACUUAUAUAAGAAAAUACCAAAUAAUUAUUUAACAUUUUUUAAAAAAAAACUAAAAAGUGAAUUUGAUCUAAAAUAUAUUAACAUUCAAUUUAUUUUCAAAACUACAUGUAAUAAUAGAAAUAUCAAAAAAAAUCAAAUAAUAAAAUAA